AUGACUAAAAUAGACUCUCCAAACGAUACUAAGAGUUUACAAAUGGAGAAUACUCCACCACAGGUAAUAUUUCCUUACUCUGAGAGUAAACAGCUCUCGGGGCCCGAACAGAAAAAAAGACGGGUUACAAGAGCUUGUGAUAACUGCCGUCAGAAAAAGGUUAAAUGUGAUGGAAAGCAGCCAUGUAUACAUUGCACGGUAUAUUCGUACACUUGUACAUACGAUCAACCCCAUAUAAGGAAUAAGAGACAUCAUAAAGUCUCAUCACCCUCUGUGGCAUCAAAUCAUAACAAUGUACAAGGAAAACACGAAAGCGCUCUGCCCAAUACUAAUAUGGCCCAAAAUAUCAUAAAUCUUCUUUUGCCAAAGUUGAAUAUUAACGUGAUUGACAACAAGCUGUCUUUUGACUUUCAAAGACUCCAAAAGAUGAUCAAGUCAGCUCAAUCUCGAGGACCGGUAAACUUGAAUGAGAUACAAGAUAUGUUUCAGGAUGGAUCAUCGCCAGCAAGUGUUCUGAGCGAUAUACAUUCGACUAUAAGUCCAAUAGAUGACUCAGUCCGGGAAGUGAGAUUGGUUUUACCUUCAAAGGAGGAGGCUUUGAGUUUGGUCUAUACGACGUGGAAUAAAGCUUGUGUAUUAUUCAGAUUUUAUCACAGGCCCUCUUUAUUACAGGAGAUCGACUUGCUAUACUCUCUCGAUCCUUCCCAUUACACAGAUAGGCAACAGAAGUUCUUGCCGUUCUUAUAUUCUAUCUUAGCAUGCGGAUCUCUUUUCUCAAAGUCUGCUGAAAAAUCGGACAACGAGAGUCUUGAAGAAAAAGGGUUCAGAUAUUUCUUGGAAGCAAGAAGAUUAAUAGAUAUCACCAAUGUAGGUGAUAUCACUUCAAUUCAAACUACCGUUAUGAUGACUAUUUAUUUACAAUGUUCUGCCAGAUUAUCGACUUGUUAUUUAUAUAUUGGGAUCGCUCUCAGAAGUGCCAUUAAGGAAGGUUUACAUCGUGAUUUAUCUAUAUUCCAAAACCAACAAAGGAAAUUUGAUGUUAUAGAAGCUGACACCAGAAAAAGAUUAUUUUAUACUAUUUACAAGAUGGAUAUUUACAUCAAUUCAUUGCUUGGACUUCCACUCUCUUUAGAUGAAGAUGAUUUGGAUCAGGAGAUUCCACCAGACCUUGAUGAUGAGAACAUUACCAGAGAGAGAUAUCUUUUUGAAAAUCAAGGUAACAAGUUGUCUUCGGCAGGUUGUGCAAAUUUUCAUACGAAGUUAAUGCUUAUACUUUCUAAAGUUAUCAAGGAGCUUUAUCCAAUCAAAGUGAAGCAAACCCCAUACUCCCCAGAUCUGUUACAUAAUAAGGUAUCUGAAUUAGAGUUGAAAUUGAAGAACUGGAUUGACUCCUUACCAGCAGAAUUAAAACCAACUAAUCCAUCUGAUGAAUCUUCAACCAAGACAAUUCCCGAAAAAUUUGUUUUGGCCAAUUAUUAUCUUCACUUGUCAUUUUUGAAUUGCCAAAUCAUACUUUAUAGACCCUUUAUUCAUUCAAUUAGCGGAGAUUCUAGUUUUCAGUCUACUGAUUCCAGAUCUUUAAUAAGAGGACGAAACUGUAUAAAGGUGGCAAGGAUGGUCGUGAAGUUGGCAAACAAAAUGAUCAAUCAAGAUUUAUUAAUCGGGACUUAUUGGUUCUCAACGUACACUAUUUUCUUCUCAAUUGCAUGCUUGGUUUACUAUUUCCAUUUUGCUAAUUAUAAAAAUAGCAACCUGAGUGGAGCAAAUUAUGCCGGUGUUUUAUUUGACGACGAUCUUAACAUUGAUAUGAUUAAACACGAUAUUGAGAUCGGUAAAAGAGUUCUUGAUCUGUUGAAGAAUAGUUCGAGUGCAUCUCUCAGAAUCUAUAACAUUUUGAACAAUUUAUUUGAGUUGUUGAAUAGGAGAACAGCAAGGAUUGGCACUAGUGAGACGAAUGGUAACAAUAUACCCAUUCCAAGAUUUCCAGCUCAAGAUGUGCAGGCCACUUUUCUGAAUUUUGAUAACAUCAAUAAUUUCCUGACGAACGAGUCUGGGGGAGUGAAAUCAUACGAUUCUGGUCCCGCUUAUGAGACUGGCGAAACUCAAGGGUCGAAUGAUUCUGCCUCAAAGUUAUCAGAAAAUGAGGACUAUUUUUUGAAGAAUGAAACAUUUGAUGGCUUGUCGCAAGUACCGAACCAACAAUUUUCCAAUGAAUCAUCAGCCCCAGCAGAGACUUAUGUUCCAGGUGUAAUGGACAAAUUAGAUACACAGAUAUUUGGUCGUAUAUUACCCCCUUACAUGCUUGAGGAGAACGUUAAACGCUUUACGGGAAAUAAUAAUGACUCUCAGGCUCAAAUGGUCACACCAGAGACUGCUGAUUUUCAUCAGUUAAAUAUUGGUGAUUUGGACUUUUCGCUGAUUGGAGAGUCAAAUCUUUUCGAUGUGAUUGAAACAAUCCACCAGAAAUCAGACGAAUCUCAAUAUUAA